UUUCCAAGUGAGAAAUAAAAGAUUUAUUGUGGAGUGGGCAUUUUUAAUGCAAUGCAAUUAGAAGCCUGGGAUUGGGUAUGGUGAGGUUCAUCCCGUAAAGAGACACCUUUUGUUGAGCUGGAGGUAAUUAAAUUAAAGGAAAGGGAUUUCAUGAACUCAACAGCAUAGAAGAGAAUGAAGAACUGCCAUUUUAGAAUUAAAAGACCUCCUAGGCUGCAAAUCUUGUUGCUGGUUUGGGGCAUUUCUUUAUCUGUUUUAAUAAUUUUGUUCUUUUCUGUAGUUCGCCCAAUCGUUGAGUUGUUAGGACCACGUAAGCCCUUGCAAGAAGGAGAUAGUGCCAACCUGACGUGCAACAUCAUUGAAGGUUUACCUGAACCACGGCUAUCUUUUUUUAAAAAUGAGCCAGACCUUCCGUCUAAGGAGAUCACAUCACCUCUGCUUUUAACAAAUGUAACAGACAGUGACGAGGGAAGGUACAUCUGUGAAGCACGAAAUGCUGGUGGUAAUUUCACUGACAGCAUAUAUAUAAGAGUUAAAACUCCACCUGAACUGAAUCCUAAACUGGGGAAUCAGUCUGUUGCAUUUAACUCCACGCUUAAUUUGACAUGCAUUGUGAGAGGUGAUCCUCCACUUCAGAUCAACUGGACUAGGAAUGGUGUGGAUCUUGGAAAUAGAGACAAUAAUACAUACACUGUUUCCCAAAUGACUUUCGACCAUGCAGGCUUGUAUGGAUGUACAGCCAAAAACUGGGCAGGAAAAGCGUAUGCUUUUUUUUGGAUUGAUGUGACAGGUAAGGGACUCAGAGAAUUAGAACCACGGCUUUCUAUUAAUCACUGAACAGGAUUAAUAGGAAUGGUGGUUCAGGUAUUCAAAAUUGGCACACUUUUCAAUCAAGUGCAUGACAACAGCUUUGUCACAUUUUUACCUUUUGUCGGAAAUUUAACAUUUUAAAUCUGUAACUGCACCAAUCAAGACUAACUUUAAUUCCCUAUAAGUAUUAAAAGCAAGAAUUCUCAUUCCUUUGAAUAAAGGAACCUUCUCUUUCUUCAUGUAUGUUCAGAGAAUUACAACUUUCACGGGCUGGAGAAAAGGAUAACUUUUUAAGGUGGCUCAAUAGUUUCAAAAUGGCUAUUUUUAAGACAUUUUUUAAGACACUUGUGUACCCAUUACUGAAAUUUUUGUGACAACACCAGAUACAACACUGCUUGAAGUUUCUAAUUCUCAAAGUUGACUUGAAUUCCUUAAAUUCCCAAGCAACCAGAACCAUAAAUUGAACCACACCCAAUUUGGGGCUUUCAAAACUGGGUUCAUGCUGAACCUAAUUUUUCUGAAGUGAAGAAAGAUAAAGAGCUGAAGCGUGGCAGGCAUUAUCAUCUUAUAUAAAGCCGUGCAAUGACCUGAAGUUAUCGUGGUCAAACUUUUUUGAUUUUCAUAAAAAAUUGAGGUGUGUUAAUAGUUUGGUCAUGUGAUUUGAUGCUUCUAUGGCAACAGUGUUUUCAAAGGAUGUUUCGUUCAAAUUUAAGUUUAAAACUAUGUCUUAGUGAGACUGUGGAUUACUUUUUAUAAGAUUCUAGUGCUAAAAUUCCCCAGGCUUAAAAAAAGCACAGGAAAAAUAGGGUUGAUGACUGAAUCGCUUGAAUGCAGUAGCUGAGACCAUCAGUUUAAAAGAGUACGUUUGUAGGGCUGUCAUUAAGUUUUGAGUGACCUGAAUCCAUGUUCUUAAUUCACACCUGUAACAAACUUCUUACUUUGAGAGUGAAUUCUAUCAGAAACAGGGUAAUUUCACCCACCAUAUUAAGGGCCGUGCAAUCAAGCGCUCUCAGCCAUAAUAGGUGUUGUGGGUUAUGGCCCCUAAUAACAGCCUUGGUUUGAUCGAAAGUCUCUCCGCAGAUUUAUGUUUCUCCAAGAAACAAGUCUGUUCCCGAGGGCCACCCAGAGAA